GACCGGGAUCGGGAUCGGGACCGGGACAAGGCCCGACCCAGCAAAGCCCCGCCCGCGCCGCGGCCCUGCCCGACCCCUGCGAGCCGCCAGCACGGCCCCGGCCCGCCAUGGACCGCCGGGACCCCUGCGGAGCCGCCGCCCGGCUGUGAGCCGCCCCCCCCGCCGGGCCGGGCCCGCCCCAGGCGCUCCGGGAUUCGCCGGCGGCUCCUCGGGCCUCUUCGUUCGCCGGUGGCGGCAGCCAGGAGAUGGUCCGGGCCUAGCGGAGCGGCCCGCGCAGCAACAUGAACCGUGAAGACCGGAAUGUGCUGCGUAUGAAAGAAAGGGAAAGGCGAAAUCAAGAAAUUCAGCAGGGUGACGAAGCCUUUCCACCCAACUCCCCUCUCUUUGCUGAACCUUACAAAGUGACCAGCAAAGAAGACAAGUUGUCCAGUCGUAUCCAGAGCAUGCUUGGUAACUAUGAUGAAAUGACGGAUCUCAUAGGAGACAGACCGCUCCAAAAGCUUGUUGCAAUUCCCAAACCGACCGUUCCAUCAGCACCCGACGAGAAAUCAAACCAAAGCUUCUUUGGUGAUCAGAGACACAGCACAGGCUCCCACCAGAGCAGCAAAUGGACUCCAGUGGGGCCAGCUCCCAGCACCUCCUCCCAGUCCCAGAAGCGCUCCUCGGGCCUGGCGGGGCACGGGCAGCGCUCCGGCGGCACCGGCACGGGCAGCGCCGGCCAGAGGCACGACCGCGAUUCCUACGGCAGCAGCAGCAGGAAAAAAAGCCAGCAUGGGUCUGAACACUCCAAACCCCGUUCUUCCAGCCCUGGAAAACCACCUGCUGUCUCCUCGUUGAGCUCCAGCCAUUCGAGAUCUCAUGGGAAUGAUCACCACAGCAAAGAACAUCAACGGUCAAAGUCGCCUCGGGAUCCUGAUCCCAGCUGGGACUCUCCCUCCCGUGUACCCUCAUUUUCAAGUGGACAACACUCUAAUCAGUCUUUUCCACCUUCACUAAUGUCCAAGUCCAGUUCAAUGUUACAAAAACCCACUGCAUACGUCAGGCCGAUGGAUGGGCAGGAAUCCAUGGAACCAAAGUUAUCCUCGGAACACUACAGCAGUCAGACCCACAGCAGCGCCGUGAACGAGCUGAAGCCCAGCAGCAAAGCACACCUAACCAAGCUGAAAAUUCCCUCUCAGCCACUGGAUGCAUCAGCAUCUGGCGAGGUGAGCUGUGUGGAUGAAAUCCUCAAAGAGAUGACCCACUCCUGGCCCCCUCCACUGACUGCAAUCCAUACACCAUGCAAAACUGAACCCUCCAAAUUCCCCUUUCCGACAAAGGAAUCUCAGCAGUCCAGUUUUGGCACUGGAGAACAGAAACGAUAUAAUCCUUCGUCCAAAACAUCCAAUGGUCAUCAAUCCAAAUCAUGCGAAUCGAACCAGACAGAUAUGUUGAAAGAUGACUUAAAACUCAGCAGUAGUGAAGACAGCGAUGGAGAGCAGGACUGCGAUAAGACAGUGCCAAGGAGCACACCUGGAAGUAAUUCUGAACCUUCCCAGCAUAACAGUGAAGGAGCAGAUAACUCCAGGGAUGACUCGAGCAGCCACAGUGGCUCUGAAAGCAGCUCAGGAUCUGACUCGGAGAGUGAAAGCAGUUCCAGUGACAGUGAAGCCAAUGAACCAUCCCAGAGUGCAUCCCCCGAGCCAGAGCCACCGCCGACAAACAAGUGGCAACUGGAUAACUGGUUGAACAAAGUCAAUUCCCAUAAAGUGUCACCAGCUUCUUCCGUGGACAGCAAUAUUCCAUCCUCCCAAGGCUACAAAAAAGAGGGACGGGAUCAGGGCACAGGGAGUGGGUACACUGAUCAAGGUGGAUCCAAGGAUUCCAUUUCUUCUACACCAGGGCGAGAUUCCAAACCCACGCAGAAGGGCUCGGAGAGCGGUCGGGGCAGGCAGAAAUCACCUGCCCAGAGUGACAGCUCGGCACAGAGGAGGACUGUGGGGAAAAAACAGCCCAAGAAAGCAGAAAAGACAUCCGUGGAAGAGCCUAGAGGAGGUCUUAAAAUAGAAAGUGAAACCCCAGUAGACAUGGCAACAAAUAUCCCUUCAAACAGGCAUAAGGCGGCCACGAAAGGCUCCAGGAAACCCAAUAUAAAGAAAGAGCCCAAGUCUUCCCCUCGGCCUACAACAGAGAAAAAGAAAUACAAGGCUUCAAGCAAAUCUGCCCAGAAAUCCAGGGAAUUCAUCGAAACAGAUACCUCAUCCUCUGAUUCAGAUGAAAAUGAGAGUCUGCCUCCUUCAUCACAAACACCCAAAUACUCUGAGAGCAAUAGGACUCCUGUUAAAUCUUCCAUGGAGGAGGAUGACAGCUUUUUUCGGCAAAGAAUGUUCUCUCCUAUGGAAGAGAAAGAGCUUCUUUCACCACUCAGUGAUCCUGAUGAAAGGUACCCACUCAUUGUGAAGAUUGACCUGAGCCUCUUAUCCCGAAUACCAGGGAAGCCUUACAAGGAUGCUGAUGCACCCAAAGUGGAGAAGAAAAGCGCCCCGGAGAAGCACCCCAGGGAGUCCCAGAAACAGCCGUCGGACAAAAGUUCUACGAAAGGCAAAAGGAAACACAAACAGAAUGAGGAUGAAAACAGAGCCAGCGAAAGCAAGAAAACGAAACUGGAAGAAAAAGCUCCAUCAGGACACAAGACUUCCAGCAGUAGGGAGUCUUCAAAGCCAAGUGCUGUUAAAGAGAAGGAUUUACUGCCAUCUCCUGCUGCCCCAGUCCUACAGAAAGAUUCCAAGCAGGAACACGGGUCCCGGAAGAGGACGGUCAGUCAGUCAUCAUCCUUAAAAUCCAGCAGCAACCCAGGCAAGGAAAGCAGCAGUGGCAGCAAAAGCAGCUCCUCUUCCAAGCAGAAGAAGACAGAGGGGAAGGGUUCCAGUAGUGCCAAGGAAGCCAAGGAAAAGAUUGUGAACAAUUCCUCCAGCUGCCCUCCUGCCUCUGCUCAGGCUACGGAAAGUACAAAGUCAAGGAGAGCAAAGCUCAUUUUUGAUGAUAGGACUUACUCAGCUGAUCAUUAUUUGCAAGAAGCAAAGAAACUGAAACACAAUGCAGAUGCUUUGUCGGACAGGUUUGAGAAGGCCGUGUACUACCUGGAUGCUGUCGUGUCCUUCAUUGAGUGUGGGAAUGCAUUGGAGAAAAAUGCUCAGGAAUCCAAGUCCCCGUUCCCUAUGUAUUCAGAAACUGUGGAAUUAAUCAAAUACACUAUGAAACUGAAGAAUUACUUGGCACCGGAUGCGACGGCUGCGGACAAAAGGCUGGCGGUGCUUUGCCUUCGGUGCCAAGCUCUGCUGUACCUGAGGCUUUUCAAACUGAAAAAGGAAAGUGCAUUGAAAUACUCAAAAACUCUGACUGAACAUCUGAAGAAUUGCUACAAUAAUUCUCAAGCACCAUCACCUGGUAUGGGAAGCAAACCUGUCGGGAUGCCGUCUCCAGUCUCUCCAAAGCUGUCUCCAGGGAAUUCAGGAAAUUACUCUUCUGGGGCAGCCAAUCCUUCAGGGAGCGGGUCCUCGGUGACGAUCCCGCAGAGGAUCCAUCAGAUGGCUGCCAGCUACGUCCAGGUCACGUCCAACUUCCUCUAUGCCACUGAAAUUUGGGAGCAAGCUGAACAGCUAGCAAGAGAACAGAAAGAGUUCUUUGCUGAACUGGAUAAAGUUAUGGGCCCUCUGGUUUUUAACACGAGCAUCAUGACCGAGCUGGUGCGUUACACCCGGCAGGGCCUGCACUGGCUGCGCCUCGAUGCCAAGUGAGGCUGGAACUGAAGGAACCCAAAAUCAAACCCAUUUUUCUCGCUGCCUCUGAUUUCUCUCCACAACACUGUGUCAUGUCAAUAAGGAAGACUGCCAUAACACAUUGCUUAGUUGACACUAAGAGCAAGGAAUGCUUUCCCAUGUCUCCCAUCCUCAUUUGUGUUUUGUGUUUAACCCCAAAUCAGCUGGUUCAUGGACUUCUUCAGUAUUCCCGGUUUAAGUUAUUUAAAUAUUUUAAAAUUUGCUACAUGAAAGUUGUAGUUUUGCUGAUCUGUCAUGGAUAGAUCAUUGGAAUUCCAGUCACAAUACACAAAUAGUCAGUUUAAAUCCUAUUUAUUUUAAUUUUUGUAAUUUUAAUUUUGAAAAGCCCCAUUGGGGGCUGGUUUUAGCUAUUUCUUCUUCCCUAAAUUUUCCCUUUUGAGUACUUAGAAAUUAAACCUAGACACUUUAUUUAAGUACUUUGUGAGCUUUGUUACUCUGUAAUGUCUUGUGGUGAUAGAGCCUGUAAAAGGAACUAGGGUUGAUAGGUUCUAACGUGUAGGGACACCAUACUUCUCAUGCCUAAUGCCUAUGAGUCGACUAAUAAAUGACAACUACAGAUUUAUUAUUGCAGAAUUUGUACUAAAUAGAAAAGUUCCAGAUAUUCUUCUACGUAUUGAGAUACUUCAUUUAAAUGAAUUAUAAAGAAAUUUAUAUGGAGAAAUAUUUAGCUGGAUCUGACUUGGAUUGUUUUCAAGGCAGUUUCAAGCCAUCGAUUAACACUAUAACAAUCACAAAACAUUACAGUAAUUUGCAUUUAAUGUAACAUCCAAGUAAUGGUGUAGGAAUGACCUUCAGUCCGAUGGGUGCGAUGCAAACAGGAAAGGCUUUGGAAAAGGACAAUCUUGUGCUUUUUUGCAUCUCUUCAUUUAAAAUACCUUUUGUUUCCGUGCUUGUCACUUUUUGACACUUACAAAAUGGGUGAACUUUGUGGUUAAAACCCAACAGUAGUUAAAUUCCUACCAGAACUGUCAUUUGCAUCUUUUCCAUUGACUGAGAAACCAGGAAUCUUUAGUAGAACUCGAGGUCCAUUUUGUCUUCUUGGGGUGUGCUGGGUGAUGGACACUACAGGCUGGCAGUGCUGCAGCCACCGUGGGGUGGGAGCUCACCUGCUCCUGCAGGGAAACGACUGUUCUGGUGCAGAAUGGAUCUAAAACUUGGCUUUACCCCGUGGUAAUGAAGGUCCUGUUAACAUUUGAUGGAGCGUAACAUUCACUCGGUGCAACACAAAUGGUUCUGGAGUUGCAGUUGGCUGCUCUCAGAGUGCAAACCAAAGUACCUUUCACAUGAGGUGCUUGUCUGAGUAAAAGGUUUCAAAUGCUACUGCUUUCAGUAUUGCUUAGUGCCCCCAACAUGUCUGGUGUGCCUUAUGCCUUACUUUUAGAUGAAGAUUUUAUGAACUGUUUACAAGAUGUUUUACAGCAGGACCAGGUAUACUGUAUGCAGUGGUCUUCUGCAGUACUUGGGUAAAAUUCCAUUUCCUUUUUCCAAGUCCCAGUGUCUGUCACACAAACUGACUCAUCGCGGUGGUCUCCUUUCCAAGAGUCCAACUCUGAAUCCUUUGGAGUGAGAUUGUGGAAUGCUGCUUUGUUUUCUCUCCCAUUGAACCCUUUAUUCUGUACCAGAUAUGAACGUGCAUGUUCAGGAAAAUUAUUGCACUAAAUUUUUUGUGUAGGUGUAGUUAAGUGCCAAAAUCACGGCAACCUCGAGAGAAGGAAUAGAAUUCUACGCUCCUUAGUACUGCAGUAUGUCCUAUGGGCUUUAAGAGUUUAGAAGUUUUGCAAAUUAGUAACCUACUACAAGGUAGCUGCAUAUUCGUAGAGCUUCCUUUGCGUCCCAGCGUGUUUUGUACUUCCAGAAAAGCUUUGCUACGUCCGGAUUGAUACAUUGAGUAACAGACCUGUGGUUUUCCCUGGUCGCUGAAUUGACUCUUCAGGUCUGUUGGAGCAUCCUUUUUAUGGAAUCACUGUGCAAGGUCACGUUUCUGUUAGUCUUUGCUGUUGGAGACAGAACUCUGUACCCUCAAACUCCCUGUCGUGGGCAUGGGACACUGUCAGCUGUGUUUCCUUUCCUACUCUGAAGUGCCUCGCACACCUCUGACGCUGUAGAAAUACCUUUGUAGAAGUUGCGUUCAUGGUUGGUUUUGUGUGUAGUGCUGCACUAGCCAGCAUGGCUGUUCUUGGCUUGCUCCUUUGUGCACAGUCACCAUUGCUCUCAGCAGGAAUGGUCUCAUCUCUGGGAAUUUUUUUUCCUUAACUAGAGUCCCACAAAUACCUUUUGGUGUCAUGCUAAAUUGGUCUCCUAAAAAUGCAUCGCUUAUCCCCAGAUCAUUGGAUCUUAGAAAUUGUCUUCAAAUGAACAGGAGGCUUUUUGCAUCAUGUCAAAAUGUGGACCUGAGCUGGUUGGAAGUGUCCCAGCUGAACAGGGUGCUCCGUGGUGGAAUAUCCUCUGGAGUGCUGUCCCAUGUGUCCUGUUGGUGCAGGAGAUCUGCGGCGGGCUUGGUAAUGGAUCAGAAAUGCCUUGUGCAUCUGGGGCUGUUGCAAACAGAUCAGUUUAACCUUCACAAUUCCAAAAGCAUAUGUUAAUUUGGGAUCCACCAUUGUUUCCAAGAGGAAAGUUAUGAACUUAGUCAGAUCUCAUAGCCAAAAAAAAUAAACAAGUAUGUCCUAGGUUUCAAUCCCUCUGCCCAAGUGAGGGGAGGGUCUGUUCCUGUCCUUCCACACCUCCAGCACCACAGUGGGAGUGCAGGUCACUGCAGCACCGACACCCAUCUCAGUGGUGACUAAGGAGGGACUCCCCAGCUUCUGGCUUCCCAAAUCAUUCCCUGGACAGGUGUGUAUUAAUACAUAUCAACACCGUAAUCUUAAUUCCCUCGCUGAUCGUGGUCCCAGUUGGUGAAUCUUAAGAAUGGCUCAAUCAGACUAGGCUUGCUCAGCUGUUUGACUUUGCUCUCAGACUUGCAGGUUCCAGGUGAUAAGGUGCAACCAUUUAUAAUUCCAAACAAAUCUUCAGGACACCAGAGUAAACCAGCCCGAGAGUUUUGUUUUGAUUUGAAUCUCGUAGCCAUAAAGCAGAGCGGGCGGAUGGCUCUCCUUGGCUUUCGAUGGCAGUAUGCAAUUUGUAUUGUAUGUGUCUUUUAAUAUAUAUGUAUAUAUAUAUGACUCAGUCUGUCCAAAGUAUAUGUUAUACUUGUUUUUAGAUUAUGGUGCAACUGACUAUAUUGAUAUAUUAUUUAUUGAGUGCUGAGUCACCAUCUUAUUGGUGAUAAAUAUUGCAUAUUAUCCAGGAGUGCAAUGUAUAUUCCUUUAGAUUGCUGAGGCUUGAUUGCUGUGGUAACAAAAAAUGCCCUGAAAUGUAUUUAUGAAUGGCCCCUACACACAGAGAGUCAGAAUUUAUGGGAAUGAUGUAGCACUUGCCUGGGGCAAGUAAAAUAAAGCCGUAGGCAGAGAAUUAUGGAGUUUGCCCAAAUGGCAAACUGCUGGAAAGAGAGAGAGAAACUACCUUUGUUGUAUUUAAUGUAAUUUUCUGAACAGAUCUUUGCUGUCACUGCAGUGUUUCUAUUGAGGCAGAUCCACAAGGGCCUGAGCAAGUCAAGUUUGAAUUACCCAUUGGGGAGUAAACAACUUCCAAAUUCUUACCUUUCCGACAAAUCCUUCAGUCAGGGUUUAAAUUUCUCCAUCUGAUGUGUCAGUGUUACGGAAAACCCUGUGUUUCCAAGCAACAAAGUUAGUGCCAGACAUCUUAAAGUACAGAGAGGAGCCAGAGCUUUUGCUCGCCAACUCACACAGAGCCAGAGCUAUUCCAGGAGAGGGUUUCCCAAGUAGGAAAGUUGUCAGUGGGGAAUCGUGGUGUGUCCAGCUCUGAUGCUGGUCUGUGGUGCCAUUUGGAAGGGGAAGGCAGGGAAGGAAGGGGCACCUGUGCCAUCAGGAAUUGCUCUCAGGGGGAGUGUGGCAGAGCUGGGCUCCCCUUGGACCCUCCAGAGCCACCGGCUCAGCCGAGUGUCCCUCAGUCCACUGUCUGAGCAAUUCCAGCUGCUGUGCUGCAGCAUGGAGUGAGCUGGGCUGUCUGUAUGUCCAUGCUUCACCUGUUUUAUUUCACCUGGAAACUUCAUGGAAAUGUGCCCAUUCCUGGUGUUACUCCAGCCAAUGUAGGAAAAUGGCAAUGCAGUGUUCCCUGUCUUCAGUUUUAUAUGCAACCCUCCUGUGGUGGAGCUGGGGGCACAGUGCUGCUGCAGCAGCUCCUUGGGGCUGCCUUGGCAUUCCACAUCCCAAACUCAACUCUAAGGACCAGGAAUGACUCUUCAAGCACAGUUCCUGACAUUUGUAUCUGGUCCCCCUUUUAAAUUGUUUUAAAAAAAUUUUGUAUAUGGAGGAUAAAGUGCUUAUAUAUUUAUUAAAAAUCCUUUAUCUUAUUUGAAAUUAUUAUUUGGUGAAGAAGGGGUUUUUCUUUUGGGGGAGGGAUGGGGGGGGGGGAGGUAACUUUUAACCUGUCACUUAUAAAUGAAGCCCUGAUUAAUCCUACAGAAAGGUACUGUUAGUAACUAAUGGGAUGUCUCUGUUUUAUGCUUUGUACAUGACAAGUCCAUGUGUUACAUUUUGUUUUCUAUCAAAAGAUUUGGGCAUCUGUCUUCAACCAAAACCUGAAAAAAAUAAACAAACUGUGAUUUUAUUUGUUGCAAUACAUUUGAAAUUUCAAAGGGUACUUUGGGGCUCAAAAUUAGGAUUUCUAAGUCAGUAUGUGCAUUUCACGUAAUAAAGCUGUUAAUGGUGAGCAAAGUAUUAUAUACUAACUAGAUUUUUUCCACAUCUGUAUAGUAUAUUCUAUGUAUUUUGUGGUAUUGAGAUUAUAGAAAGUUUAGUGUCUGAAACAUGCGUUUAAUGUGUAUUUUUAAACAAAUUUAUGGCAAUUAAAAUAUUUGGAGAAAAGGGUAUCACAUUUCAAUUUGUAAAGAUCUUUUUAACUACUGUGUCAUUAAAAUGCUUUGUACAAUGCAAAACUGUAACUGGAGAAACUAAGUUUAAUAAAUAUCAAAUAGAUUUUCUGUAUUAAACUUCCAA